CACUUCCUUUGUGCAUUAAUUACUGUGUAGUUAAGAAAGAUUUCUUUUUCUUUUCUGUUCUUUUGAUAUCAGUAUGUUUGCAUGUUUUUUUGGAUGAAAUCCAUAAAAUUGUAUAGAUGAUCCCAAGUAGUAGUUGAACUAGAUGGUUUACAGAAAAGAUGUGAUUAAAGUUACUCCUUUUAACAACUUCGGCUUCAAUAUGAAGUGAAUAGCAAAUCAAAAGAUCUUUAGCAGCAGUGUUAAGCUGAAGGAAUUGAUUGAACCAUUGAAAGGGGUUCCAAUGGAAGAACUAGGCGGUGACAUACCUGAAAUUUAUGACUGUGAGAUCAUACUGAGAGUGAAUCCUCAAAGGCGAAAGGAAAAGGUUUACAUAGGUUGUGGUGCUGGGUUUGGAGGUGAUCGACCAAUAGCAGCUUUAAAACUAUUUCAGAGGGUGAAAGAGUUGGAUUAUUUAGUGCUGGAAUGCCUAGCCGAGCGCACCCUUGCUGAGCGCUAUCAGGCGAUGAAGUCUGGCGGCAAGGGCUAUGAUCCCCGUAUCUCAGAGUGGAUGGAACUGCUCUUACCUUUGGCUGUCGAGACUGGAGUUUGCAUUAUUACAAACAUGGGUGCGAAUGAUCCGUUUGGUGCCCGGGAUGAAGUCUUACAACUUGCAAGUGGACUGGGUAUUUCCAUAACUGUUGGUGUGGCUCAUCAAGUUGCUGUUGUCAGAUCAGAUUUGGAGGAGCACCUUAGACAUGUUGAUGAUGUUAGUGUGUAUCUAGGAGCAGCUCCUAUCGUUGAAUGUCUUCAGAAAUUCAGACCAAAUGUCAUUAUUACUUCUCGAGUUGCUGAUGCUUCCUUAUUUUUGGCCCCAAUGGUAUAUGAGCUCGGUUGGAAUUGGGAUGAGUUGCAACUACUUGCCCAAGGUUCACUGGCUGGCCACCUGCUAGAAUGUGGUUGUCAACUUACUGGAGGAUACUAUAUGCAUCCAGGAGAUAAAUACCGUGAUAUAUCUUUACAAGAUCUCCUCGAUUUGUCUCUUCCUUUUGUGGAAGUCAGUUUUGAUGGGCGAGUAUGUGUAGAAAAGGCAGAAAACAGUGGUGGGAUUCUGAAUCCCAGCACGUGUGCCGAGCAACUUCUGUAUGAAGUGGGGGAUCCUAGUAGCUACAUAACCCCAGAUGUGGUUGUAGAUUUUCAAGAUGUUACGUUUCAGACAUUAUCAAGCAGUAAAGUCCUCUGUGCUGGGGCAAAGCCAUCUGCAUCAGCUCCUAAUAAACUGUUGCUGCUGGCCUCCAAGGACAAGGGGUGGAAAGGCUGGGGAGAGAUAUCCUAUGGUGGUUAUCAGUGUGUUAAACGUGCUAAAGCUGCUGAUUUUUUGGUAAGAUCAUGGAUGGAAGAAGUAUGUCCUGGAACAAACAAACACUUAGUUUCCUAUAUCAUUGGACUGGAUAGCCUGAAGGCUGCCAGCAUAGAUGAAGACUUGCCUAGGGAUAUUCAAGAUAUCAGAUUACGAAUGGAUGGUUUAUUUGAGGAGGAGGAACAAGCAAUCCACUUCACAAAAGAGUUCAUAGCAUUAUAUACAAAUGGACCUGCUGGUGGUGGCGGUAUCAGCACUGGACACAAAAAAGAGAUCAUUCUUGAGAAGGCAUUGGUAAAACGUAAAGAUGUUCAGUGGCAUAUUACAGCAACAAGAAACAAAAUAAUGCAAUCAGAUGAUAUGGCUAUUCCUAAGGACACAAUGCAGACCAGUUCUUUCCAUGAUUCGGUCUUGCGAUCUAUUCCAACAGAAACUGCUUUGAACAAAAAAGAAGGUGCACCACAAAUUCAGCUGUCCCCUGCUCCACAUGACAGGAAGAUUCCUCUCUAUGAUGUCGCACAUAGCAGAGCUGGUGAUAAAGGGGAUGAUCUAAACUUUUCCCUUAUCCCAUAUUUUCCUCCAGAUAUUGAAAGGCUAAAGAAGAUUGUUACUCAAGAAUGGGUAAAGAAAGUUGUUGCAAGGCUUCUUAAUCCCUCUUCCUUCGCCACUUCUGAUGAUAUUGAAAGAAGAGACAAAUGGGUUCAUGAACAUGUUAAGGUGGAGAUUUAUGAAGUCAGAGGGAUCCAUUCCUUGAAUAUUGUGGUUCGUAAUAUUCUAGAUGGAGGUGUGAACUGCUCAAGAAGAAUCGAUAGGCAUGGAAAGACUCUAUCCGAUCUUAUAUUGUGCCAGAAAGUGGUGUUGCCUCUGUGAUAUGAAGAGAUGGCAAGAUCGGAAGAGGCAUAUAAACUCCAUUUUCUUUAUCCGGGGAGGUGGUAGUGACAGUGGGGGCUGUGGACAGGCUCCUGAGCCUAGAUGGGAGGUUUGCUUGUUCAGGUACAGGAGAAAGAAGUGCUCUUGUAUUCUAUAAAACCAAGUUUCUUCUCUGUUUUCUCCAUCUUCAACUGAAUCUCCCCAGUGAAGUGGAUAGCUCCUCAAGAAAACUCUUCUGUUGUUGUAGUCUUCGUUGCGGAAACUUCUUGACCUUGCACCAUUUUCCUUUGAUAUUGUAGCAUCCAUGAGCCAAGAUGUUAGUAUAUCUUGUGCAGGCUUUGCUUCUUAUAAUAGUUAAAAGGACAUUGAGAGUCUGUUUAUGUGUAUGAGAUAGAGAAAAACGACAAGAUUACACAUAGAAAAAUGAGAUGGGGAAUAAUUUAAUGACCAGGUUUGGUGUUUUUAGUUGUUCUUUGUCUUUGCAAGAGUUGUUAUUUGUACUAUAGCCUUAAAGUUGUAUCUUUUCUUUAUUUGGAAAAAAA